AUGACGCGAGGAUUUUCCGAGAUGAAGGAGAGUAUGUCCGCACUUAAGAGUUCUGUUGGCCAAAAAGAUGACGAAGUCAAGUCUCUUAUGGCUACCCUGCUCGAACGCAAGGAAGCCUACUUUAGCCUCGAACGCAAGCAUGCUGCUCUGGCCCAAGAUCGUGAUAGGCUGCUGGUCAAGUUUGACAACCAUGUGGAAGCCACGGAGGUGUCCAAACAUGAGAUUGCUGCUAAUGCGUACAAGCUGGGAUACCUGGACUGCCAGAACGGCGCUCCUCCUUGCUGUCCUCUCGAAGAUGACGAUGAUGAGCAGUCCAAGGCAGUUGAAGAGCAGGUAGCAGAUGAAGCCGCAACGGAGGAAGACAAGCCCCAAGGCGGGUCAGCUGAGGUGGGUAAGGAACAAGCGGCCAAGGCAGUUGAGUAG